AUUUAAACGUUGACAUUUAAAAUAUUAACUUCACGACAUGACAAUGUUUUAUUGAAACAAAAUUUAUCUGAAAAAACCAUCGAGAAAUCAGCUGAGAUUAGUGAACUAUACAAACAAGAUGAUGGCAAUAAAACUUGCUUGCCAAUGCAUUGUUGUGGUACUUAUUCUGAUUUGGAUACCUUGUUGUCAGACGGUCUGUGAGAAAAGAAAACAGGAUGAAGAACUUGUGUUGACAUGUGUUCCAGAUAGUUCCAUAUCUAUAACAGACGUCACUCAUUUUAAAUGCAAAUCGGGUUCCUGUUGUCAAGACACAAUCCAUGAGAGUGAUUGGAGACAAGAAUUAAUCAAUUGCAAUGGGAAACCCAUGUGCAAGUUAAACGCAAAAUCAACCUGCAAUGUCGGUUGGUGUUCAAUCGUUUGUUCUCGUUAUGAGGAAGUUUGUUAUGACUGCCUCUAUAAUCCCAUAUCUUCAACAACACAGAUACAUUCAUCAACAACACAGAUACAUUCAUCAACAACACAGAUACAUUCAUCAACAACUUCACCUAAUGAUCAGUUAACAACAACUAAGUCAAUCGAGCCAGGUGUCACUAAUGUAAGCACAGCGGAGAAUGAAGAUACAACAAUUGAUGCCAGUACGACCGAUAAACAUGAAUCAACAUCUUACAAAGAAAGAGAAAUUGAACACAAGGCACAUAUACUAACUAUUGUUGCGCCAUCUAUAGUUGGGAUGUUGCUUCUACUUGUCGCGAUUGCAUUACUGGCAGUGUAUCUAGUUAGGAGGAGAAGAAAAGCAUGCACAAUGGAAGGGAAUGAAAGGCAAUCAGAUAAUGAUAAUCAUUAUUCAAAUGCUGUUUUUACAAAGAACUCAAAUGAUGACUCUGAUAAAUGUACGAAAGUGAAACUAAAUAUCGCUGUUGUUGAACCAAUGAAAUCACUUGAAAACACCUAUCAAAAUUGCAAUGAUCCAGACUUCAUUAAAAAUGACAUCUACAGUUCAAACAUUGACGCCAAAGCAAAUGGCCAAUUGCCACAUGAGAAAUCAAGGCCAAAAUCCACAAAAUAUCAGCAGGAAUCGAAUACCUAUAUAAAUCAUCAUUCCUUGAAAUCAAGCACGGAUGACUAUUUAUUUGAAAGUGGGGUUGGAAAUGCUGUCUAUGCACUCCCUGAUGGUGAAUUCAAUGAGAGGGAUAUCCAAGAGACAAAUAAUAAAAUUUCCAUCAUUGAUCAAAAUGUGUAUUACGAGGCACUUGAGAAUGGCACCUCAUUAGAUGACCAGUCUAAACAAACCACAGAGCUAACACCAAUUCCACAAAAUAAAAUAAUUGCUGCUGAUUGUGAGAAUGGACAAACCCCAUAUUACUCAACACUUGAGGCUGUUAAUCCAAUAGAUGAUAAAAAAACACCAAGUCCCCGGAAUGAAACAUUUGUAAUCAAUGGUCAGAUUAGAGAAACCCCAUAUUAUACAACACAUGAGGAUGUCAGUGAUGAUAUUUGUGAAGACCCAUAUUACUCAACACCAGCAACAGAUGUUUCACCAAGAAGCAUCACACUGAAUGGUAUGCAUGAGGAA